UAUGUAUAACCUCAGCAUCUGUAGUAUUACUCAUUUUCCAAUCGUUAAUUUUUGUUAAUACGUGUCUUUUUGUACGUCAGCUCGAACAUUAUUGUAGUUAAAAAUUGUCGAAUCUAGUUCCACCAAAGUACAGAACGUAAAGAGUAUGGCAAAGAUAGAUUUGUCGUUGCUGAGAAGCAAAUUUCGCGGUGCUAUGCUUGGUGUUCUAAUGGGGGAUUGCCUUGGCAGCCCUUACGAAGCUGAGGAAAAAUGGACAAAGGGCAUUAAAUUAGUUUUACAACGGUCUUUCGAUAAAUUGGAGGGUCCAAUUUACAAAGCACCGGUCAUACAGUUUUCAGAUGAUUCUGCAAUGACCUAUUCUCUGGCCAAAUCUUUGAUAGAGACAAAGGAGUUGGAUGUUGUAAAUUUAGCAAAGAAAUUUGUCAAGAGUUAUUAUUUGGAGCCUAAUCGUGGUUACGGGCCUGGUGUUGUAACGGUAUUCCAAAAGUUACGUGGUAACAAAUUUAUGGAUGUUGAGAAACCAGCAAAGGAACAAUUCAAUGGUCAAGGAUCAUGGGGAAAUGGUGGAGCAAUGAGAGUCACUCCUGUUGCAUUGUUUUCCUACCAAAACUAUGACAAACUUUUAGACAUAGUUAGAAAAACAACACAGCUUACUCAUACUAAUAAAAUUGGAAUUGAUGGUGCCAUUUUACAAGCAAUAGCAGUCCAUCAAAGUCUUCUAUUAAAUCCUAACAAAGAAUUAAACGUAAUAAAUUUUAUCGACGAUUUAAUUCACAAAAUGGACCAAAUAGAAAAAGACGAAGAUGGAUUGGGUUUGUCAGAACCACAGCCCUAUAAAAUACAAUUAGAUGUAAUAAAAACGUUAAUAUCGGAAGAUGGUGAAGGGCCACAUGAUCAGAAAGUAGUAAAACAAUUAGGAAAUAAUGUUGCAGCUUUAUAUUCAGUACCUACUGCAAUAUAUUGUUUCUUAAGGGCACAGAAACCAAUUAUAGACAUAGAAACAGAAAAUCCCCUUAGGAGAGCAAUACAGUAUGCUAUUAGUUUGGGCGGCGAUACAGACACUAUUGGCAGUAUGACUGGCGCAAUUGCCGGUGCAUUUUAUGGCGAAGAAAAAAUUAGUUUGAAUGUUCUGAAACAUUGCGAGGCGUCGGACGAAUUUCGAACUUUAGCAGAUCAAUUAUUCGACACAGUGGUAUCGCAAUAGAAAUUUUAGCGGCGCAUAAAAAGAUGUAACAAUUUUAGUUUGUAACAGAAUUUCAUGAAAAUAUAAUUAUAAGCGACCUUUUAUUAAAAAAU